AUGGCAGCCUUCGUCCGCGAGCUCCUCGGCCUGCGCGGGAAGGGAUCGAUUGCGAUCAUUGUCGACAAGCCCCAUUACAUCUCGGGCGAAGUCGUCUCUGGCUCGCUCCAAGUCGACGUGCUCGAGCCCAUUGAAUGCAACGAGGUCGUUGUCGUCAUUUCGGGCAAGGAGAAGGUCCACUGGUCCGAGACGCACGACGUCGGGUCGGGCGACGACCGUCGGUCUGUCACGCGCACGUUCUCGAGCAGCCACCGCUUCUUGAACCAGGCAAUCGUGCUCUACAGUGCGCAACACCACAUUUCGCCCGGCCAAUACAUCUACCCGUUCCAGUACCAACUGCCCAUCGGACUGCCCGGCACGUACGACAACCAAUGCCACGACGGCGUCGACGCGCGCGUCCAAUACAGCAUCAAAGGUCGGCUCCGCGUCGACGGCUUCUUUAGCCGGGACGUAAAACGACGCCAAACAUUUAUCGUGUACGCGCAGCUCGCGGGCUACGUCGCGCCCAGCGUCGCCGAGAAGACGCAGGUCGUCCGGCUCCUCUGUUGCUUCCGCCAAGGCACGUGCUACCUUCGCGUCGGCAUGGACAAGAACAUGUAUACGCCUGGCGACGUGCCCAUGAUUUUGUGCGACAUCCGCAACGAGUCGGCCAAGGACGUGCGCCGCAUGCGCUGCGAGCUGGUCCGCAUCGUCGACGUCAUGGCCGACGGAAAGCACC